AUGGUGAUGAUGUCCACCACGCAGCAGAUACUCGUCCUGGCCAGCAGCACAGCUUCAGCGCUGGAUGAGCAGCUCCAGCUCGUCCGCUGCCCUACGCCGCCUGAGCAGCCGCUGCCAGACGCCUGUCCGGCCCUGGAGGCAUCGACCGCAUCGCCGCAUCGACGGGCGCCGGCGAAUCGCAGCGCUGCAGGGCGGGCCUUACGCUGGCUCCCGCGGGCCCACGCCUCCCGACAGCGAGGGCGUCGUUUCCCGUGGCACCCGGUAGCUGAACCUGCAGCUUUUCUUGCUGCCAGACCUCCUCCUCCCCUCAAUUCAUCUCCUGAGUGUUCGAACCUGCCUUCUAUUUCUUCCAUGACCGCCUUCGAUGUCCCCGAGACCGGGCUGUCUCUGUGGCGAGGAGACCAGCCCGGCCAUGUCUCCCCGGAUGCUGCCGCCAGACCAACCCAGAUCAUGCGCUUGAAUCUCGCCCAGAGCACCUUGGACGAGCUGGUCGAGUCCUUGCGGAAGGACCAGAAAGCUCGCAUCCGUCUGGGAAAACACCAGACCCUCUACUACGGCAACAAGUCCCAGCAGUUCCAUUCCCACCCCGAAAUCCAUCGAUCAGAGAUCUACCGAUCAAACCCGGCCGACAAGGAGAACCUCUAUUUCACCGGCGUUCUCAGUCACAGUCUCGAGGUCCAGAAGGCUCAGGUGGCCACCGCUGCCACAGAUGAGGCUCUGGCCAACCUCGAGCAGAGCUUGAGUGCUUUCGAGCGAGGCAAGGAGUCAAAGAAGACCCCUCUGAUAACCAAUAUUCAGGACGUGCGGGCGUUGGGUGCAGGCGACAAUCGAUCUGCAACGGGGAGACAGGCUGCCAGCUUGGCUCGCAUGCCCACCAGCAAGAUCGAUGUCGCGAAGGAACGGUUCUUUCAGAACGCCGGCAAUCGCUCCAUCCCCAGUAGCCCAGCCUUGGGCGUGGCUCGUUCCCCAGCUUCCGUCCCAGCUCUCACGCCCACCUCUGCCCCGGCAUCUCAGAGCAAGGAGAAGAUCCGUCUCGAAGCACUACGAGUUCCGUUUAUCCAUUUACUCGCAGUUCGUGCUGUAUCGAUCAAAUUCAUCGCCCAGAAGACCCGCGCCUCGCAGGAGGACUGCCUGACCCUCGCCCGGAAAUACGCGACGGAGAACCGCCUCGAUCGAGAGAAAUUCGACCUUAAAGACAAAGCAUACCGGGAGCUCGACGUAUGGAACUUUCCGUAUCCAACCCAGGAGGACCGGCAGGAGGCCAUCGAGAAUGCCAUCUCCGCGUUUGAUCGGAUGCGUAUCUCCCGUUCGGACAAGCUAUGGCAGAUGCUUUUACCCAAGGAGGAGCGAGGGAAAGGGAAGGUCUUGUCGCGUCUGGACCUCCGUUCAGGGCCUAUCAAGAAGGCCCCCACGCCCCGGAUCCAGGUGCAUGCCGCCGAAGACACAGGCAAGGAAGGCUAUGCUACAGGAAACGAGACCGAUCGGACAAACGGCCGCUUGACUCCGACAGCAGCGGAGACUAUCUCCGCGUCCAAAUCGGGAGGCACGACACAGAGGAAACGAGUGGGCGAGAAGGAUAGCACCAAGAGGGGGGCUGCAGCUAAGGGGAAAAAUUCCACUUUGACCGGACGCGUCACCAAGAAGACCGAAAAGAAGACGACAGGUAAAGCGGAGGGGAAAUACAAAUCGGCGGAAUAUGUCCAUGACUCGGACGAGGAUACGGACAUGCCUGACGCACCACCACCACCUGAGAAGAAACCCGCAUCAACCGCAUCUGACAAGGUCACUCCCACGACUAAAACGACAACGACGACUACCACCAAUACCACCACCACUACUUCCUCCUCCUCCUCCAAAUCCAAGACAUUACCUGAUCCCCAUUCCUCCACGGCGAAACCACAACAGAAACCCGAAUCCCAGUCCCAGAGUGUUAAAACCACCCCCAACAGCACGAACGCAACGGCUUCCAAGACGUUGCCGUCAUCUUCACGGCCCUCCAAUCCAAAUUCUCCGCAGAAGCCUUCGCCAUUGGCGUCAUCACCUCCCACGAAUGCCUCGAACCUCGACAACUCCGGAAGAGGUUCCGGUCAGACGAGCUCCUCAAGCUCAUCACCGCUGAUCACUCAAGUCUCGAAACGGCCCAAAGCGUCGGCCAAUUCCACUGAAGUCAAGAAUCCUCCCAAAGUGAACGGCGUUCAUAAGACGCCGCCUGAGAUGACGAACCCUCUCAAACGGAAGGAAGCGCCAGACAGGGAGACCCCCACUACCACCUCGCAGUUUGCUGGACACGCAAACGGGCAUGCCGUCGAUGCCAAACGGCGGCGACCGGCCAGCUCGCCGUCGCCCAGCGGCACUAGUUCGGGUAGUGCCUCGCCUCCUCUGAGUCGGGAAUUGCUCCGUCAGCAGCUGCGGGAGAAGUCGCUGCGGUUCAAGCAGUACUACGCCAAGUAUCGGGCCCUGCAUGAUUCGUUGGCGGCUCAUCCCGACCCCCCGCCUGCCGAACUGGAAAGACUCCAGCGACAGCAUAUUCGACUGCAACGAAUGAAGAAGGAGAUCUGGGACGAAGACCGACGACUACGCAACGGGUGA